AUGUGUGACGGCGCCCUGCUGCCCCCUCUCGUCCUGUCCUUGCUGCUGCUGGUGUGGGGACUGGACCCGGGCACAGCUGUCGGCGACGCGGCGGCCGACGUGGAGGUGGUGCUCCCGAGGCGACUGCGCCCCGACGACGUGCACCUGCAGCUGCUACCGGGAAUAGCGGGGCUCAGGCAGUGGCGGCGACAGCGAGCAUCUUCAGGUGGCCCUCGCGCCGGGCCAGGAGAGCGCGCCCUGCUGCUGCACCUGCCGGCCUUUGGGCGCGACCUGUACCUGCAACUGCGUCGCGACCUGCGCUUCCUGUCCCCCGGCUUCGAGGUGGAGGAGGCGGGUGCCGUGGGGAGCAGCGGACUCCCUGCCGAGCUGUGCUACUACUCCGGACGAGUCCUGGGCCACCCGGGCUCCCUCGUCUCCCUCAGCGCCUGCGGCGCCUCCGGCGGCCUGGUUGGGCUCAUCCAGCUCGAGCAGGAGCGGCUGUUCGUCCAGCCCCUCAACAACUCGGGAGGCCCAUUCAGUGGAAGAGAGCACCUGAUCAGGCGCAAAUGGUCCUCCAACCCCAGCCCCCAGUCUACCGAAGCUGAGGAAUCCAGGCAGCCCUGCAAAGUCGUGACAGAAAAGAAGCCCAGGAAGGACAAGCCGUCACGGGACUGGAGGGAGCGGAGGAAUGCCAUCAGGCUCACCAAUGAGCACACGGUGGAGACCCUGGUGGUGGCUGAUGCCAACAUGGUGCAGUACCACGGGGCAGAGGCUGCGCAGAGGUUCCUCCUCACUGUCAUGAACAUGGUAUACAACAUGUUUCAGCACCAGAGCCUUGGGAUUAAAAUUAACAUUCAAGUCACCAAGCUGGUCCUUCUGCGACAACGCCCGGCCAAGUUAUCCAUCGGGCACCAUGGUGAGCGGUCCCUGGAGAGCUUCUGUCACUGGCAGAAUGAGGAGUAUGGGGGUGCACGGUAUCUUGGCAAUAACCAGGUACCAGGAGGGAAGGAUGACGCGCCUCCUGUGGAUGCUGCUGUGUUUGUGACCAGGACAGAUUUCUGCGUUCACAAAGAUGAGCCGUGUGACACUGUUGGAAUUGCUUACUUAGGAGGCGUGUGCAGUGCUAAGAGGAAAUGUGUGCUUGCCGAAGACAAUGGUCUCAAUCUGGCCUUUACCAUCGCCCACGAGCUGGGCCACAACCUGGGAAUGAACCACGACGACGACCACUCAUCUUGUGCUGGCCGGUCGCACAUCAUGUCGGGAGAGUGGGUGAAGGGUCGAAACCCUAGCGAUCUCUCUUGGUCAUCCUGUAGUCGAGAUGACCUCGAGAACUUUCUCAAAUCCAAAGUCAGUACCUGCUUACUGAUCACUGACCCCAGGAGUCAGCACGCCCUGCGCCUUCCUCACAAGCUGCCCGGCAUGCACUACAGCGCCAAUGAGCAGUGCCAGAUUCUGUUUGGCACCAAUGCUACCUUCUGCAGAAACAUGGAGCAUCUGAUGUGCGCUGGGCUGUGGUGUCUGGUAGAGGGAGAUACAUCCUGCAAGACCAAGCUGGACCCUCCUCUGGAUGGCACCGAGUGUGGGGCAGACAAGUGGUGUCGGGCUGGGGAGUGUGUGAGCAAGACGCCCAUCCCUGAACAUGUGGACGGGGACUGGAGCCCGUGGGGCACCUGGAGCAUGUGCAGCCGAACGUGUGGGACAGGAGCGCGAUUCCGGCAGAGGAAAUGUGACAACCCCCCCCCUGGGCCUGGAGGCACACACUGCCAAGGUGCCAGCGUAGAACAUGCCGCCUGUGAGAACCUGCCCUGCCCCAAGGGUGUGCCCAGCUUCCGGGACCAGCAGUGCCAAGCCCAUGACCGACUGAGCAGCAAGAAGAGGGGCCUGUUGACGGCAGUGGUGGUCGAUGAUAAACCGUGUGAACUCUACUGCUCGCCUCUCGGGAAGGAGUCCCCACUGCUGGUGGCUGACAGGGUUCUGGAUGGCACGCCCUGUGGACCUUACGAGACUGACCUCUGUGUGUACGGCAGAUGCCAGAAAAUUGGCUGUGAUGGCAUCAUCGGGUCUGCAGCCAAAGAAGACAGGUGUGGUGUCUGCAGCGGGGAUGGCAAGACCUGUCGUGUGGUGAAGGGUGACUUCAGCCACUCCCGGGGGACAGGUUAUAUCCAAGCUGCUGUCAUUCCGGCCGGAGCUCGGAGGAUCCGCGUGGUAGAAGACAAACCUGCUCACAGUUUCCUGGCUCUCGAAGACUCCAGUAAGAGAUCCAUCAACAGCGACUGGAAGAUAGAGCUCCCGGGGGAGUUCCAGAUUGCAGGUACGACCGUCCGCUAUGUGAGAAGAGGCCUAUGGGAGAAGUUUUCAGCCAAGGGACCCACCACGGUGCCACUGCAUCUGAUGGUGCUGCUCUUUCACGACCAGAAUUAUGGGAUUCAUUACGAAUACACCAUACCUGUAAACCAGAGCACUGAAAACCGGAGUGAGCCAGCCAAGCCACAGGACGCUCUGUUUCUCUGGACCCACAGUGGUUGGGAAGGGUGCAGCGUGCAGUGUGGAGGAGGAGAACGCAGGACCAUUGUAUCGUGCACACGGAUUGUUAACAAGACCACAACCCUGGUGAAUGACAGUGACUGCCCCCAAGCAAGCCGCCCUGAGCCCCAGGUCCGAAGGUGCAACUCUCACCCAUGCCAGUCCCGGUGGGUGGCCGGUCAGUGGAGCCCCUGCUCAGCAACCUGUGAGAAGGGCGUCCAACAUCGGGAGGUGACUUGCGUAUACCAGCUACAGAACGGGACACAUGUCACUACUCGGCCCCUCUACUGCUCAGAACCCCGGCCGACCCCAGUACAGAGCUGUGAAGGCCAGGACUGCCUGUCUAUCUGGGAGGCAUCAGAGUGGUCAGAGUGCUCUGCCAACUGUGGCAAAGGGACCCAGAAGCGAACUGUGACCUGCACCAACUCUCAAGGGAAAUGCGACGCGUCCACAAGGCCGAAAGCAGAGGAGGCGUGUGAGGACUACUCCAGCUGCUAUGAGUGGAAAACCGGGGGCUGGUCUAAGUGCUCAUCCACCUGCGGGAAGGGGCUCCAGUCCCGUGUGGUACAGUGCAUGCACAAAGUAACUGGACGCCAUGGCAGUGAGUGCCCCACUCUGUCCAAGCCAGCAGCCUACAGACAGUGCCACCAGGAGGUUUGCAAUGACAAGAUUAAUGUGAACACCAUCACCUCCCCUCGCCUCGCUGCUCUGACCUACAAAUGCACACGAGACCAGUGGACAGUGUACUGCCGGGUCAUCCGAGAGAAGAACCUCUGCCAGGACAUGCGGUGGUACCAGCGCUGCUGCCAGACCUGUAGGGACUUCUACGCCAAUAAGAUACGCCAGCCGCCCUCUCCACCAAGCUCAUGA